AUGUUCAAGUGCCCGAUAUGUUACGAAACGUAUCGGCCGGGUGAUCGAACAUACGCCCGAUUAUUGGGUAGUUGUGGUCAUGAUCUGUGUGAGAAGUGUCUGCAGGAACUAGUUGAGAAUGAGUCUGCCAAGUGUCCUACAUGCCGCAAGAGAUUAUUUGAUGAUAAGGAUACAUGGCGAGCUCUUAAAAGGAACCGAAUCCUGGAAGAACAAUUUGUGAACGAACGAUUUCCCAGACUAUUUACACUCUCAUCCGGACGGACUGAACCCAACGGUGCAACCAGCGAUGAUACGGCACCCACUGAAGACGAUCGGACUUACCAUCUCGAGCAAGUACCCAGCCAUGAGCUGCUUCGUGAGCUUUUUAGACGCGGCAAAAACAGAAUCGAACUCUUCUGGCUUAACACACCCAAGGACCAGAAGACGCAAGCUCUAGCUCUCUGUCAAGGCAUACCCCUACUCAUCAUCACCAUCUGGUUUAUCUCACGAUACUUAUGA